GCCAUUUCUAUUGAACUACGUAAAUUCACAAUAGAAAAUAUUUAGCAAUUGAACAUUACACGGAACACCAUCUGCCCGUGGUGUGGAGUAUGUACUAGUGUCUGCAAUGAUGUUGGAUUACACUUGAAUGAGAAGCUGACAGGUGAAACUUCAACAGAAUCUGGAAACUUUAUUGUGAAGAAACGGGGGAGUAAAGCGGAGGCAGUACAGCAGGUCUGGGAAAGGUCUGAUGGAUGUACUCGGUGAAAAUGAGGCCCUGCAGCAGUUUUUUGAUGGGCAGGAUGUCAAUGGCGUAUUGGACAGUACAGCAGUGGACACCAGCAUUCUAGAGCAAUAUCUGAGCAAUGAUAUCGACCCCACUUUUAUGUUACCUGAAUCACCUCCAGAUUCAGGUUCAGAACCUUGUUCUCCUCCACAAAUUCCAGAUGUCCACUUUGGCUCUGACUUAUCUACUGAGCAGCUGGGUCCCGGCUUGCACACCUCAACAGGACAGACUCCCGCUCCUUUCUGUCAUCUUAAAGCUAUAUCAUCCUCUCAGUAUGAUUUGGGAAACUCCAUGAAGCAUAUAAAGACCAUAUCACCUGAUACAGCUCAGACUGUGUGUGAUUCAUCCUUACACUAUCCAUACAGCAGCCCAGCUGAGAGCUGCAUUCAGACCGCCACACCACCAGUACAGCAUGCUCCUAUAGAUGCAAUCAGAGGCUACACAGAAGCUGCCACUUCCAGCACAUCUCCAUGCCUUACCUCCUUACCUCAUGGCGUAUGUGUGGACCCGUAUAUGACCUCCAAACCUGGCCUGAACACAGGGCAAAUGUUACCUGAAAAAAAUAAGAGAAAGCGCUCAAACUCUUUCGAUGUAAACACAGAUGACAGCCAAUGGAGAGAGCCAGUUUGGACCAAGCCUUCAUUUUGUCCUGAGAGGGGCACAUGUGAAAUGCCAGGCUAUGACGGUGAUGUCCAUGCAGCAAGUCCAGCAAUGACAUACCAGCUACUGAAAUGGGACCACUAUCAAACAAACCAGUGGAGCAGUCUCUACAACAGCAGCUUCCAAACUAUCCUGCCACCAGGUUACCAUGUGGACACAGAUAAAGGUUUCAGCUACUCGACAGCUGAUGAAGCAUUCGUGUGCCAGAAGAAAAACCACUUCCAAGUUACAGUACACAUUGGGAUGGCUGGAGACCCCAAAUAUGUGAAGACACCAGCAGGUCCUAUGCCUCUUGAUGGCUUCCAAGUGAAAGUCUUCGGAAUCAAGCUUGAGGCUCAGAGCCACCACAUCACCAUCGAGCAGUCACAGUCAGACCGCAGCAAAAAACCCUUCCUGCCAGUCCAAGUAAACUUGCCUGGAAAUAAAAUAACCAAGAUUACGCUUGGAAGAUUACACUUCAGUGAGACUACUGCUAAUAACAUGAGGAAGAAGGGCAAACCCAAUCCUGACCAGAGGUACUUCCUUCUGGUGGUGGGACUUUAUGCUACAGUCAAAGAGAAGAAUUACCUGCUGGUUGCUAACGUAUCUGAGAGAAUCAUUGUCAGGGCCUCGAACCCCGGGCAGUUUGAGAAUGACAGCGAGGCGCUUUGGAUAAAAGGACAGACCCCAGACUCACUGGUGUGCCAGGGACUGGUGGGAAUAAACACUGAUUCCCCAGAUGAGGCCCUGGUAGUUUGCGGAAACGCCAAAAUAAUGGGCACAGUCAUGCACCCCUCUGACAGCAGAGCGAAGGAGAACAUUAAAGAGGUGGAUUCAACAGAACAGCUGAGGAGAAUAGCCCAGAUGAGGAUUGUUGAAUAUGACUACAAACCCGAGUUUGCAUCAAAGAUGGGCAUCAACGAGGUGCAUGAAACAGGGAUUAUAGCACAGGAGGUAAGGGAGCUGCUUCCCACAGCGGUGAAAGAAGUAGGAGAUGUCACGUGCUCCGACGGACAGAAAAUCCCCAACUUCCUCAUGGUGGACAAAGAACAGAUCUUUAUGGAGAACGUGGGAGCUGUGAAAGAGCUCUGCAAGCUUACUGAUAACCUGGAGACACGUAUUGAGGAGCUUGAGGUGUGGAACGCACGCCUGGCCAAGCUGAAGAACCUGGGGAGCAUGCGCUCCAAAAGCACCUCUGCAAAUAAAAAACGAGGAGUCACUCCCCCCCAAAAGCCCUCACCACCAAAAACUAGCAAAGAGUGUGUAUGUGAGAAAUACCGGUACUGCCUUCAGCACAGAAUAUUCCAAGCAACCAUCAUUCUGCUUGUGGUAACUAUGGCUUUUUGUGCCAUCUGUAUCACCACACUCUACAUGCUCACAUUAAGAGAAGACAUUGAUUUUGGUUUCAGUAAUGCCAGUGAGCAGCCAAUCUAUACUACUACAACUAUGGCGAGUACAGUCACCCCUACUUCUUCCCCUGGCCCUUGGCCACCAGACGUCGAUUUCUCUAGCGUGUUUUUCUCGGAUGAAGUUUAUUGUUGUCUACAUACUGCAUCAACCAAACACAUGUCUAUCACAACGAGCUCAACUGUUGACCCAGGAUUACAAAAAACACUUUCUUAUACCAAAAAGAGUCUGACAGCUAAUAUACCAUGGGAAUGGUUACGACACAUCAGUGACUGGACAAACACAACCAUUAAGUCGAUCCUUAUCACUCAAAACCAGCAGGUUAUAGACCACCAAUACAUAGACCAGAAGAACUCCUGGAAAGGGAACUACAGCUAUCGGAUCCCCAUUAGUAAACACAUUCCAAUCAACAUGCCAGUAACCCUGCAGAUGAACACUACUGAGCUGUUAGUAGCUCACCUGUGUGCAUAUGAUCUGAGGGAGGAGUGCACUACUGUAAUGGACUAUAAUGACUAUGAAUUCAACAGAGUACCCAACACACAGGGGUAUGUACAUGAGUGGCCCCUGUCAGUUGCUCGACAUUUCCGAUCAUCUUAUCACUUCCGUCUCUCAGUAGCGGGUCAGGCUCACUGUUCUACAGACCCCAACUAUGUGGGAAUUCUGUUUACUGACUACCACUUCCAUUUCUACCGCCGCUGUCAGUGAUGCUGAAUUAACCUUGAUCACACCCUUAAUGAACUCUAAUCACAGAUCCUUCUAAUGCUGUUAAAGCAAGAUUCAAAGUAGAAAGAACUGAUACUGACCACUGAGGCAAAAAUGCACUUCUCACACCAUG